AUGGAAUUAAAUAAUAAUACAGAUAAUAAUAAUAAUAAUAAUACAGAUAAUAGUAAUAACAAUAGUAAUAAUAACAACAAUAAUAACAAUAAUAAUAAUAUAGAUUUUGAAAAUGUUGAUGAUGAUAUAGAUGAUUAUUAUUAUGAUAAUAAGGAUUAUGAAAGUGAAAUUGAAAUUGAAUAUAUUUAUAGUGACGGAGAUGAAGAAGAUGCAUCUGGAAGAGAAAGAGAACUUAUAGGUCAUUUUAACAAUUUGAAUGAUGAGGAGUUCGAGGAGCUCUAUAAUGAAUUGUUACCAGAGUUGGAUCCGGAUUUCGUUUCCGAUUUGUUUGCCAGUGACAAUUCAGAGGAGCGACAGAUCAAUGAAGUCGUUCAAGACGAUAUUAAUCAACUGAGUUCAACUAAUAUCUCACCGAUGUUACUUAGAAGUAGUGGUAGAGGAUUAAGAGCAUCUACAACCACAACAGCAGAUACAACAACCGCACCCAACUCACCAUCAUCGUUGAUCGAGAUGAAGAUACUAUCACCAUUAGGAUUGUCACGUGGAGUCAUUCCAAACCGACCACAACCCACUGCUAAUGCCAUCGAAAGAGAACACCGUCAAGCUCUGAAACUACCUUACUUCACACCGGAGGAUCUUUAUGCCGCCGAUCGACUACUAGCAGCCUAUUUCCGAACUGGUCUUGCACUGAUGACUAUUGGCGUUGGCUUUGGUUCGCGUCUUGGCUACUCACGACACGCUCUCUUUGUAUCGACUUUCUUUUUCUGUUUCGGAAUAUUCGCAGCAAGUCUCGGUUCCAUUCGUAACUUUUUCAUUGUUAAAUACCUCAAACUUGGUUAUAUUCUACCACUGUUUUUCACCACAUUCAUCUUGGUAACUCUAUCUCUCGGACUUGUCGGUGUUAGUAUUUGGGCAAUAUUGAAAUAA